GACUGCACCAGACAACUUGUAAGACAACUUUGCUCCGCUUUAAAAGGACUUUCCCCACACCACCGCACACUUCACUACGGCACACGGACUCAGAAGGCUUCGUUUCUGCGAUCAACGCGUACCCAGAGAACCCGAAGACAAUCACACAACCAUGGCGCGUCACGUUACAGUACUGAUGGGGAUCCUCGCUGCUUUGGCUUGUUGUAAUGCAGCUGCGAUACACAAACCGCUGUCCAAACGGCCCCUGCGGCUGGUCCAGAACGAGGAGAUGAGGUUCACGUACACCGCUCCGGACACGACUCUGGCCAUGCCCGGACAGACGGACCUCUUCAUCGCCAGCACAUGUAACCACUUCAUGGGACAGGAAGCGGAAGUGACGUUGGUGCUGCUGAACAACCCAGCCUGGAACGUGCAGGACGGAGUGGUGUACUUCUACGUCACCGACAACCCUCAGAAGGGUUUGAAUGAUUCCAACGAAGUUCUGUGCAGCAACAACGUAGAGGGGGAGGCAGUGACAGCACGGUGCAUAGUCACUGACGUCAGCUGUUCUGAGCUCUACAUCUACACACGGGCCGGUGACGUCUUCGGAAUUGCGUACUCCGUGACUGUUGAGUUCCGUCAGCCCAACGACACCAGGAAGGUUAUCAAGGAGAAGCCAAAGAAGAUCGACACCAGGCAUUUCCCCAUCUACGUGAAGGACGAGUGUGUCCACCAUCUUAUCCAGUCCGUGAGCCUUCGCGCGCCCCUGGAGCUGGUUUCGCUGACGUCCGCACAGAUGACCAUCCCCUUCUGUCCGAACGCCGAACAAGAAAACCUACUGUCGGUGGAAACGUCCGUGCUGAGCGUGUCAGGACUGAGCGCCUACACCCAGUACGCAUGCCUGAAGACCCCCUGCGAAGUGGACAGUCCCAACGUGAUCGCCAGUAGCCCCGAACAGCGCCCUCUGAACAGCCUGCGGCUCGAGUCUAUGUGCGACAAGCACACGUCCCUAACGGUGCUGGUGCACUGCUGGGGCGGCGAGCAGGAGGCUGGGGUCGGAGACUAUGUGGGAAAAUUCAACUUCGCCGCUGGAGUGAACCUAAAGUCUCCCACCAGUGGCGUUGCCAAAAAACCUAUGUACUAAAUGUUAGGGUAAUGCCUCGAGGGUUUCUCUUCAAAAUAAUGAUGUUUUACCAUGGCUUUCAUGUUAAAAACUAUGUAUAAGUGGGUUAUGAUGGUGCUUUCUUUUUACGAAGAAUUUUCACGUAACAAAAAUGACUCUUGUAAAAGAAUCUUGAUUUGUAUUCUUGUAAUUUGCUUUCAUCUUCCAGUGGUGACGCUAAUAUAAGCCCUUUUGAGUUCAUGUGUUUUGUACCUUUUCAUUAUAAUAAAUGAAUAGACAAACUAAGA